AAGGACACAGAUUGUUUGCAGGAGCUGUCCGGGUGUCCUGCUUGUAAAAGACCCAAUAAUGUUACCCUGAUCCUGCCAUGCUCUCACACCAUGUGUGUGCACUGUAUGUCUGCCCAAGAGGCCAAGCGGUCUGGUCGAUCCCACCGACAUAAUUUGAGCUGCUCUGUGUUGUGUCCACUGUGUGGCUACCAUGUGGAGCUGCCCUGCGAGACGUGGUCGUCUGCUUUGUCCUGUCUCCCGCGAUAUCCCACCCUGAAGUUCACACGUGCCAGCCAGGAUGACAUUGGCAGACGGGAGAUGGCUUCUGAACCACAUCAACUGCAAGGGGAAACCUACUCUCUGGUUGCAAAUGAAGACACAGCGCAAUGUUCCAGUGCUUGCAGUUUCACUAUACCACCAGCUGGGAGCAAUGUGGAUCUACAGGAGGAGGAGAUAGAGAGGUCUGUUUUUGGUUUGCGCUUUGCUUUGGACCCAUUAACUGCCCCCACCUCUCUCCACCUUUCCAACUCCUUGCUCAUUGUCACUUACCGAGGAAUAAGCCCUACUUGUUCACUUCCAAAAGUCAGGAGGUUGAUGAUGACCUCUGACCUUGGCGUGACGCAGGACCUCCCUCAGGUUUGCGCUGAUGUCAUCAUUGCUCAGGGCCAAUAUUACUGGGAGGUAGAUGUCUACAACAGCUCCAUCUAUAAAAUUGGUGUGAGCUCACUGCACAAUUCUAAAGGCUGGUGGCUGGAAAGACAUGGUUUGUCGUUUUGCGCCGUUUACGAUGGUUGCAGGGAGCCGCUUGUAACAGUCCCUCCUCAGAUCAAAACUCUCGGACUCUUCCUUAACUUUGGAGGGGGGACUCUUAGCUUCUACAACCUUGUGACCCAAGAGCACCUCGUCACCCUGCCUACGUGUUUCAAUGCCUCGGGAGUUCUUCCUACUCUGGGCCUCGGUCAGGGCUGGCUACGGUUGCGUUGCGGCCUCCCGCCUCCCCCCUAUGUGUUCCUCAGUAAAAACUCAACCUACAGACACCCUUGUGGGUCCAGUAGAGGCCGAUGGCAAAGGGAUAUCACCUUCCGAUCAGUGGGUAAAGUGAUUCAGAAGUUUGAGGAGAUGUCUGCAGCAAACUCCAGUUCGAUGCCUGGUUUUGGAUCACAUUGCUCCUGUGGACACCGGGGGACAAAUCCCUCUGGGCUUGCAGAACAGGAAACCGGGCCUAAAUAAGACAAUCCUUCUCUACAAUGGAAACAUCCACUGACUGACAGACUCACAAAUCCCCAGAAAGGUUUGAUCUAUGGCUGCAAUU